AACCACCGGGGCCCACCCCCGCCCGGGGCCAGGUACCGAGCAGGGGGUGCGCCUCAUAAAUAUCGCCAGUCGACUUAGCAUUCUCUUUUGUAAGACCGCACUCCAUGACUUAUACUUACUCUACUUCCGUGAUACUCCUACGCCUUAGCAAGGACUGGAGAAAAGUACCUUAAAAAUGGUGUAUGCCGGCUGAACACCGGUUCACAAAGUUCCCGCAUGGCCUGGAACCGAGUGGAGAGAGCCGGCACGGAUAUGGGUCUGUCGACUCUCUGGGAUAUCCGAUGGUUUUCUUACAGCCCGGCUCAGGUCCGGGGUCUCGCUUUUGUGAUUCAUGGCGCCCAGACCGCCGGCCUUGUCGGGGCUUUUGGAAUGGCGGUCCACAUGAGAACCUGGAAGCUCUUUGCUCGGUACACUCACCGGGUCACCGAGGGAAACUCUUUCAACCCUGACCGGGUUCUGUUAACUAGCGCCUCUGUGGGUCUUUGAAUCCGCCGCCAUGGCUCUUUUCGGUCACGUCCCGCUCCUUGCCGGAGGGGGUCCGCCACCGGGACCAGCUGAGCAAAUUCAUGAGGAAAAAAGUUGGAAAAAGAGGAAUAAGCUUGGAAGCAGACUCAAACCAUUUCUGUAGACUUCUGUGCCUCUAGCAUGCCUUUUCCCUCCUUCCAUCGCCUGCAAAACGUGGUAAAUUGGGCGACCCAAACUUAUCUUAUAGACUCAUACACCGUCGCCGUCAAUCUUCU